AUGAAAGUGCCAGACCAUGGUACUUGGUUGCUCACAAAUAAUGAAGAUGAUUGUAAGAGGACAUGCUUGCAAAAUUGUUCGUGUUUAGCUUUUGCGUAUCCUUCAGGUAUUCGGUGCAUAGUAUGGAACGGAAGCCUAAUAGACAUACAACAAUUUUCUGUUGAUAGUGCUGAUCUUUUCAUUCUUUUGAAUUGUAUGUACGGUGAAACUAGCAAGCCGAAAAUAAUCGUUGCAGUAGUAGCUAUUGUCGCUGCUAUAUUUGUUGUGUUCGUGUACUACUGUGGAAGCAUGAAAGCCGCAAACAAGGCACAACAGCUGGUCGACUACAGUUUGGAUCAAGCUGUUUCCAAAGAUUUAGUAUUAUUUGAAUUUAAAAAGCUGGAAGUUGCAACCAGUGACUUUUUAGCAAUCAAUAAGCUAGGGCAAGGUGGUUUUGGUCCGGUGUACAAGGGAAAAUUAGAAGAUGGGCAAGAGAUUGCCAUCAAAAGACUUUCACGAGCUUCAGGACAAGAUAUAGAAGAAUUUAUGAACGAGUUGCUCGUGAUCUCGAAACUUCAGCACAAAAAUCUUGUCAGAUUGUUGGGCUGCUGUGUAGAAGGAGAAGAGAGGCUAUUGGUUUAUGAAUACAUGCCAAAUAAGAGUUUGGAUGCACUUCUCUUAGAUCCACAUCACCAGAAAGAGUUGGACUGGAAGAAAGGCUUCAAUAUCAUCAAGGAAAUAUGUCGAGGCCUCCUUUAUCUGCAUAGAGAUUCUAGAAUGAAGAUUAUUCACAGAGAUCUGAAAGCAAGCAACAUUUUGAUCGAUGAGAACCUCAAUCCGAAGAUAUCAGACUUUGGAAUGGCACGUAUAUUUGGGGCAGAACAAGACCAAGCCAACACUUUAAGGGUUGUUGGUACAUAG